UCUGAGUCACUCCCAGUGCAUUCAAUAAAAAAAAAAAAAAAAAAAAAAGCAAGAGCAGCAAUCUGGCAGGGAGCUGGUGGGGGCCUGAGAGAGUAAGAGAAGGACGCAGUGUGGGCGGGUUAAGAAACGCCGAGAGGGAGGGGACGCCAGCGUAAUAUUCCCAGCGUUUUUUCCUCCCUUCACACAGCCGAAAACAAGGGCAUCGGUCUCUCUGUCUUCCGCUCAUAUCCCAAUCUAACGUCAGUCUAAGAUUCUGGCAUAUUUGAGCAUCGCCUGAAGAAGAGCAGCGGUGUUACCUGGGGUUUGGUCUCUUUUGCCUGCGGGGGAUUGCCGAGCGGCAGGGGCGUGAGAGGCGGAUGCUGCGAGGGUAGCGCUGGGUACCAGAAGCAUCUCCACACUCACCACGAUGGACAGAAUGAAUUUUCUCUCCUUCCUCCUCCUUUGCUUGACUUCGGUUGCCAGUGGCAACAAAGCCAAUAAGCACAAGCCAUGGAUUGAGACAGAGUACCAGGGGAUUGUCAUGGAGAACGACAACACCGUGCUGCUCAAUCCCCCACUCUUUGCCUUGGACAAAGAUGCCCCACUGCAUUAUGCCGGUGAGAUUUGUGGCUUCCGAGUGCACAAUGGUCCAUCGGGCUCAGGUUCGGUCCAGUUUGAGGCGGUGGUGUUGGACCGAUCCACCGGUGAAGGUCUGGUCCGGUCCAAAGAGCCGCUGGAUUGCGAGAGCCAGCGGGAGCACAGCUUCACCAUCCAGGCCUACGACUGUGGAGAGGGGCCUGAUGGCGUCAACAGCAAAAAAUCCCACAAGGCCACUGUGCAUGUUCGUGUGAACGACGUCAAUGAGUUUUCCCCAGUGUUUGUAGAGCGCCGCUAUGAGGCUUCGGUCCCAGAAGGACGUCUCUUUGACCGUAUCGUGCGUGUCGAGGCUCUGGAUGCCGACUGCUCCCCACAGUACAGCCAGAUCUGCUUCUAUGACAUCAUCACUCCCAACGUGCCCUUUGCCAUUGACAACGACGGCAACAUCAAAAACACAGAGCCACUUGAUUCCAAGCGUCAGCGUGUUCACACCUUCUGGGUAACCGCCUUUGACUGUGGGAAGAACCGUGCUCAGGCUGACGCCCAGGUCGUUGUCACAGUCAAGCCGUCCUGCAAACCUGGCUGGAUCGGGUGGACCAAGCGUGUAGAGUACACCCCUGGGUCAGGCAGCAUCCCCCUGUUCCCCAGUUUGCAUUUGGAGACCUGCGAAGAGACUGUGUGGAACAUCCAGGCCACCGUGGAGCUCCAGACGGGCCAUAUUGGGAAGGGCUGUGACAGAGACAGCUACUCAGACAGAUCUGUGCGCCGACUGUGUGGUGCUGUCAGGGGCGAGGUGGACCUCCUCCCACCACCAUCCCCAGCAGCCAACUGGACCGCAGCUCUGCCCACUCUCCCCUCCUCCGACUCAUCCCUGGUUUUCUCUUUCAACGGCUCCACCCAUGUUGCCGUGGUGCCUGACUCGGUUGUCUCAGCGGUGUCGGGCGACCAUUUCACCCUCCAGCUGUGGAUGCGAAGGGGCGGAGCUAACAUCCAGCCUGCAACCAGUCAGACCAGAGGAAGUCACAAGGAAGAGGAAACUAUUGUGUGCAGCACUGUCAAGAAUGACGACUCCUUCUCCCACUACUCCCUCUCUGUCCAUGGCUGUCGUCUCUCUCUCUUCUACUGGCCCGAUGUCUCCGCUGCACGGCCCGUCAAGUUCCUCUGGAAACUGGAGCAGGUGUGUGAUAGUGAGUGGCAUCAUCUGUCGCUCAGCGUCCAGUUCCCCUCAGUGACCCUAUACGUCGAUGGUGUGACCUUUGACCCUGCCCUUAUCCAUGACAACGGAGCCAUCCCCAACCCAGCCCCCCGCCAGAGAAUGGUCAUUGGUGCCUGCUGGGAGCCAGAAGAGAAGCAGAAGGAGAUUGUAAACAACAGCAUCCCAGAGGGGAAAGACUCAGGGAAGUACGUCGGCGGUUACCGUGGUCUGUUGUCAGGGGUAACGGUGCGUCCCGGCAGUGUGGAGCCACACAGUGUGGUGGAGUGUCUGUAUGCCUGCAGGGAGGGCCUGGACUUUGGAGACCUGGAGACUUUGGGCUCUGGCAUGAAGGUGCAUGUAAACCCCAGCCAGUCGGUGUUAGUGUUGGAGGGAGACGAUAUUGAGAGUUUUAACCGAGCCGUGCAGCAGGUCACCUACAGAAACUCACUACGCUUCGCCACUCCUGGAGUCAGACCCCUGAAACUCACCACCUCGCUGAGAUGUUUCAGUGAGGAGAGCUGUCUGUCCCUCAAGCAGUUGGAGGGCUACCUGGUGGUCCUCCAGCCUGACGCCCCUCAGAUUUCUCUGUCUGGUGUUGGCCCCCAUCUGGCCCGUCCUGCCCCUGAAUUUGAAGGCCCCCGCGGUGUCCCCCUCUUCCCAGAGCUCAGGAUCGUCUGCUCCCUGUCUCACGCUGUCAACACGGCUGCACAGGGGAUGGAGGGUGGAGCGCUAAUGUCAGAUGCUGUAGCUCACACUUUGGACGGCUGUGAGGUUCAGCCUCUGGGGGAGGAGCUUAACCCGGAGAGGGAGGAGCUUCUGGUGGACAUGGAUGUUCUGCGAGAGAGGGGACUGGAGAUCAUCAAUACCACUGCCUACAUCGCCAUCACAGGUGCUGAAUCCAUCUCUGUGUAUGAAGACGUGCUGCGCUCAGUUCACUAUCGUCUAGCCAAGGGCUCAGCCCGCUUCGAGAGGAGGUUCCGCCUGUCCUGCUCCGAGAUGAAUGGGAGGUACACCAGCAAUGAGUUGACUUUGGAGGUGAACUUCCUGCACUCUCUGGACAGUCUAUACCACCCGUCCCACUUGCUCGCCUCCCAGCAGCAGUUCCUCCAUCCAUCCCACCACUCUGGAGAGCUGAGCGGUCACACCCUGCCCAAUCCACACCGCAACUCAGUGGUGCCAGGAGCAGCCACCGUCAUCAUAAUGGUGUGCGUGGGAUUCCUGGUUGUUAUGGUGAUCCUUGGCGUUUUCCGAAUCCGUUCCAUCCAUCGCCGUGGUGAAGGUGCCAGGGGUGGGGCUAAGGAGGGCAGUAGCCAAUGGGAUGACUCUGCCCUCACCAUCAUUGUUAAUCCUAUGGAGUCCUAUGAGUCCCGUAUGGGCAUCUCUGCUGACACGGAGGGCGAGGGAGAGGAGGAUGAAGAGGUAGUGGAGUCGCCUGACGAUGCUAGCGACGAUCAGCGAAUCAUCAUCAAGAAGGAGGGGAGGGACGGCAACCCCCGUCGCUACUGAGCCAGACGUAUCUCUGCACCAGUUCUCAUGGAAACCACAACCGACUCACCACUCACACACUCUCGACAGUUUUAUUAUUGACAACUGCUGACACCUCUAGUUUAAGGAAUGUAUGCUUACAAACACUACGCACAACACACUCACUGUAAUAUGCCGACACACAAUGCCAUAUGUGACCUAUAGCCGACAACAGGCAGUUGUUCUCCACGUAAAUGUUAUGGCACAAUGUAUACAGUUAAUGUAAUUUAACCACCUGACCAAACCCCACCGAAAUUGUAUGUGGCGCACCAGUUGAAAUCACAAGAUGGUCAUGUGUCUGUAUAGUCUAAUACUGGUUGAAUGAGACUAUUUUGUUUUGAGGAAAAAAAAAAGAUUGUAUAUGUUUUAGUUUUGCACACAGAAUGAAAUUCUUACGAAAUGAUAACUGAAAACAAUCCACAACAUGCUGGCCUUGAACAGAUCUGUAGGCAAAGACACAAGCCUUGAUCCCGACACUUCUCCACCACGCUCCCCUAGACUGACUUGAGACGUCUGCCGCACAAGCCCCCUCUCCCUCGUUGCACCCCCUCUCUACACAUUCCUUCAGCACCGUUACCCGCACAGUGAAGACAGUGAGGUCGUGCAUUACUGAUCAUGUGGCUCAUGAUGAGGUCAGAGUCCCUCAAUGGUUAAUCUGCAAACUUAUACAAAACAAAAAACAUCAAGAACAACAAAAAAAAAUAAUGCUGGUGGUAUUUUUCUUUGGGUGUUUUGACUAUUUUCAUCUCCCAAACGCAUUUUGUCUGGGGUUGAUGAUAAGAGUUGAGGGUUAUCAGGCAUAAUCUGCAUGCUUCACACAAAACAAUACUUCAGCAAUACACCACAGAUAAAAUGUAUAAGCCUGUAGGUUGAAACUGUGGUAAGACAAUGUUUGUGUGAGCCCAAACUGGCGUUACUGUCAUGCUCUGUGAACUGAUCUUAACCUCCAUGCUGCAGCUGAUAUCCAGAGUUAUCGUGACUCUGGUUCAGAUUGGAGUGUGUCUGUGAUUUUGACCUUUGCAAAAUUCAGAUUGUGCCAUUAAAAUCGUAGCGCCUAAUGCUAAGCAGUGUGACCUGACCUCUGACCCCCCCACAGUGACCUCUGGAAUGUCUCUAAAUGACUGUCACUGCACUGUUUCACUGCUCUUACCACAACUGCACACAAGUGACAAGACAACCCACACACACACUCACAUGCACACACAUGUGCAAACACACACACAAAUACAUACCAUAAUGCUACCCCUGCUGUUUCCAGAAUGUCAGCUCAGCUUGGGCAGUUUUGAUUGUAUUGAUUGUAAUGAAUUUUCUGUACAUACAAUGACGAAUACUAUGAUAUUAUUAUUAUUGUUAUUACUAUUAUUAUUGCAGCCACUUUUUCUGUUUUUCUGCACACUGAGAGGGAAUGGUUGAUAAUUUACACUUAAUGGUUGAUGAGUAAUCGUGUUUUUUUUCCAUCUUAGUAAUCACCUUUACAGCAUCAGAAAACAGAAUAAUGAUAAUAAUAGUAGUAGUGAUAAGGAUUGGCUUGAUGAGUGUCUCUUAAUUUGUGUGUUAUAUUGUUGUAAUUCAAAAACAUGUCAAUAUCUGAAUCACAGUAAAAGGAGGGCACAUUGUUGUGAUACCAAGGUACUCUGUCACGUCUCUCGUUCACUCACUUCAUUUUUCACGCCUCCAGUUGACGAUAUUUGAGGGUCUCUCUUGUUCUCAUCUCAUAUCUCCUUUUCUUCUUUUCCUUCUUCAUUCCACUACAUUCCUUAUUUUUUGGGUCAAUGAAUGUACAACUGUGUGCUACUCCUCACCUUUCCCUUCCUUCCUCCCUCCCUGCCUUUUCCCCUCACCUUACCCUCACUUUCCCUCUGUGUCUCUUGCUGUCUGUCUGUGUAGCCUAUCAAUGUGCAGUGCUAAACCUGUCAGUAAAUAAAGCCUGUCGUUUUUGAGUGUAAUGUUAAGAAUGAAUAAACAUUGCAUUAAUGACUUAUAUUAUUACUAUGUUACUAUUGGAACAUUACCUGUAAUUAUUGAUACAAUGAUGACAUGGAUUAUACUGACUGAUUGUUACUGAAAACUGUCAGAAAACAUUGCAAAAUUCAUAAUAAAAACACUAUAUGACGUCUUCA